CUUCUUUGAUUUCAUUCGAACAUGAUUUGUAAAUAAUUGAAUAAAGUACUAACUUUAAAUACGUAGUUCUUGUAAAUAUUUUCAUUUAAUAAACAUAAUAGAUUAUUCAAAAUUGAGUUUUUAAAACUAUUGUAGAUUAUAAUAGACUAGCGUUAAUAGGACAUACCAUUGACAUAGAGCAAUGUAUAACAGGCUUUUGACUCGUUACUUUUUGAGUUGAUAUUAUCAUUGUUGAUAGUAUUUUUAAAAGCAAAUGCUUUUUUAUCUCAUCUAGAAAAAAAAUGUAUAAUGUAGAACAGUAUUAAGAUUUAUCAAAUAACAAAGACAACGAUGGAUCAAAAUAUUGAAGAUGGGUUCUCUAUCUGUGACGAGUGUCUUGGCUCUGAUAAACAGAUCAAGAUGACGAAACAUACGAAUGCUGCUGAGUGCAAGCUUUGUACAAGACCAUUUACUGUGUUUAGAUGGAAUAAUAAGACGGCAUCAAGGCGAACUGGAAAGACUACAAUAUGUUACACUUGUGCAAGAACAAAGAAUUGUUGUCAGAGUUGUAUGUUAGACAUAAAUUAUCAUAUACCAAUUGAAAUACGGGAUACUGCCUUGAGGAUGGCUGGACUUGAUAGCAGUAAGGGACUUUUAACAGCAUCAAAAGUAAAUCAAGAAACUAAAGCAUUGAUGGCUGACAAAAAUGAACAAACAUUGAGGAAUUCAGAUUUAGUUGGAGAAGAUGAUGUAAAUCAAGAAAAAGCAAGAGAAAUACUAUACAAGCUUGCCGAUAAGUUAAAGAAUGCAACAAAGACUGCCCCAAAGAACCCUAAGACAACAAAUACCGAAGAGUCUGCAAAAUUAAGUAAAGAUAUUUCCAAAUUGAUUUCAAAGCUUCCUUUUGGAGGAAAUAUAAACCCUGAUACAAAUCCUACAUUGACUUCAUUCUUUUUGUUUGGGUUCAAUCUGGAUUUGCCAAUAUAUGCUGUUACCAAUUAUGCUACAAAAUUUGGGAAAGUAAAAUCAUUGACGAUACUACAUAACGCUAAAUGUGGAUAUUUGACAUUUACAACCAGACAAGCGGCAGAAAACUUCGCUUCAGAUAUUAAUAGUAAUGGAUUGAAUACCAAUAAGUCAACAGCAGGAUUAGUGGUACUUGAAGGAAAGUAUCCGAUCAGGGUUAGCUGGGGUAAGGUCCAACCUUUAGGAACAUCAAACGAUGAGCAUCAUAAAUUGAGUCUUGUUGUUAAUAAGGUAUUGAAGCAGUUGUCCGAAAAAGAUACACGUACUGAAUCUAAACCAAAGCAGUCUUCAAAGGUUACUACACCCAAAAGCAAGAAUAAGAGCAAGAAACCUCUCGAAAUUAAAAGUGCUCCAACUAAAUAUAAGGCCAUACGUUCUGAUUACGAACUAUGAGUUGAUUUAUAUUCACAAUUAUAGACUAUUUCUUUAGGUUACUUUUCUUACGACAUACUAGUUACUCAGAUUAUAGAAAUACACACUAUUUAAUGGUAUAAAGAGGCUUGAUUUGAGUUACGUAGGUGAGUCAUCAAAAGUCAAAAGUCAAAUUCAAAAAUUGUAAUAGAUCAAACAACCCCUUUUUGCAACUAAACAAAUCCAAUUACGCUGACCACAUCCAUCAUGCAUUCUAGCUUCAGUCUACUGGCUUUGCCACCAUCUACAAUUAAGAAUGAUAACUUGACUUUAUAGUGGUUGACUAAUUAGGACUCAAUUACGCAUGCAACACGGAAUUACGAUCUAGAUAUUU